GGACCGGGGCGGGGGCGCUCUCGGGAGGCCAGGGACCGGAGAAGCCCUGACCACCCGGCCUCCCCGCCUCUUGGGGAGGUGGCUGCAGCCGUCGCGCCGCCGGUGGGCAGGACAGCCUGCGGGCCUCGCCUCUUGUCCGAUCUGCCCUCGCCCCGCACCGCGCUCGGGGUGAUAGAAGGGCCUUUCUGCCGCUGGGCAGAGCGCCGAGAUAGUACCAGCCGGGUUCUCACCUCGUUCACUUCGUUCUGAGUAUCUGUUGACCGCCUGCUGUGGAUGAGCCCUUUGGGGAAGCCACAGUGAACAAGGAGCUGAUGCUUCUUGGGCCAUGCCGACUCUCCAGCUGGGACUGGUGCCAAAGGCUUCCUAGAGGUGGCAGCAUUCUUCACAGGCACCAUGCCUGGAUCCGAAUCCGUGAAGGCUGCAGAGAGUUCGGGAAGGACCAUGUGGAGGUGGGCUCCCAAUCAGGUGUAGAUGGCACCAGGCAAUCCAAAUCCUCCCUGCCUGGUGGGGGUCCCUUAGAACACCCGUACUUGCUGCCGCCUGAGCUCCAGCCCCCUACAAACUGCUGCAUGAGCGGCUGUCCCAACUGCGUGUGGGUGGAGUACGCCGAGGCACUGCUGCAGCACUACCAGGACGGCGGGGAGUGGGCCCUGACCGCCCUGGAGGAGCACGUGGCUGAUGAGAACCUCAAGGCUUUUCUCAGGAUGGAGAUCCAGCUCCGCGUGAGGAGUGGAGGCUGAGCCAGCCUGGCCAGACACCCUCACCCUGAUGGGCUCCAGCCUGGCAGUUCCUUCUUGGGAAGCAACAUGGUCUCCUUUAUUCAUGAUCCCUUUAUAGGGCUUGUGUCGGAUGGGAAUAUUCCCGGAAGAGUUAUUUAUUGACUUUACCUGAGAAUAAAUAAGUUGUCUGUGGUGGUUAGA